AGCUCCUUCGUUUUUCCUCCCUUCCUCCCUUUUUUUCAUUCACAGAAACACAGCCAAAAAACCCUAGCACUGUAACCGUACACCACCGCCGCAAGGAGUGGCAUACUGCCGCCGUCCGUCCGUCUAUCUAGCUUCCCUCGUGCUCCAAGUCUUCAACCCCUGUUCGCUGUCCCGAUCGCAGCUGCUUCCUCGAGCUCGGCGUCCGUCGUCUUUGUCUGCUCAGCGCGCUUCCGCCGCCAUUUGUUUGCCGUUCACGUUCGCGUCUUCGUUCAGCCGUCGUCUUCGUUCGCGUUCUUCGCCGUUCAAGUUUGCUCGGCGUUCACCGUUCGCGUUCACUCGCUGUUCACCUUUCGGGUUCGCAUUCGCGUUCGUCUGGAAGCCACGUUGCUCUGCUUCAAACUCUGCGACCAAUCCGCGCGCUCCACCUAGCCGUCGAACUGCUCUCUUUUGUCGCCGCCCGAAGAAGAAAACAUUCUCCCCCCAAAUCAGAAUCUCUGAUACACUCUGCAUACGUAGAUUAUGGCUCCAGCAAUUGCAACAAAGAAGAAAGUUUCGAAGAAGCAGAGCCCUGCAAAGCCACCAAAAGAAGCCAUGAAAAAGAAGAGCAAGCUUUUAACCCUCAAGCAUGAUUCUAGUGCUUCAGAAUCCGAAUAUGAAGAAGAAGAGAUUCUGCAGCAGCCACAGAAUAAAGAUGAAGCUCCUGGUGACUUCGAUGUUGAUUCGGGUUCUGAAUCUGACCUAUCUUCUGAUGGUGAUGGUGACGAUCCCUUAGUUGAUGAUUUCCUCCAAGGAUCUGAUGACGAAGUGGAAGAGAAAGACUCCGCUUCUGAUUCAGGUUCGGGUUUGGAUGUUGACUCGGAUGAAUAUGACAUUGAAGAGAAGUCGAGAAUCAUUGAUGAGGAAAGGAAGAAGGAAGAAGAAGAUGCCGAGGCUGAAAUGCAACUCAACAUCAAAGAGGAGUCUGAUGAGUUUAGAUUACCAACCCAAGAGGAACUUGAGGAGGAGAAUCUGCAUCCGCCUGAUCUUUCCAAUCUACAGAGGAGGAUUAAAGAGAUUGUUCGUGUUCUUUCAAAUUUCAAGGCCUUAAAGCAAGAAGGGUCAACGAGAAAGGAUUAUGUUGAGCAGCUUAAGAAAGAUAUAUGUUCAUACUAUGGCUACAAUGAGUUUCUAAUUGGUGCUUUAGUGGAGAUGUUUCCCACUGUCGAACUUAUGGAACUAAUUGAAGCCUUUGAAAAGCCCAGGCCCAUUUGUCUAAGGACUAACACUUUGAAGACGCGCAGACGGGAUUUGGCAGAUGUUUUAAUAAAUAGAGGAGUAAAUCUAGAUCCUUUAAGCAAGUGGUCAAAGGUUGGACUUGUUGUGUAUGAUUCUCAAGUACCAAUUGGUGCCACUCCGGAGUAUAUGGCUGGUUUCUACAUGCUUCAAAGUGCAAGCUCCUUUCUACCUGUGAUGGCCUUAGCUCCUCAAGAGAAGGAAAGGGUUGUUGAUAUGGCGGCUGCACCUGGAGGUAAAACGACAUAUGUAGCUGCUCUUAUGAAGAAUACAGGAAUUGUUUUUGCAAAUGAAAUGAAGGUACUACGGCUUAAGUCACUUACUGCAAAUUUGCACCGGAUGGGGGUGUCAAACACUGUAGUCUGCAAUUAUGAUGGAAGAGAGCUUCCAAAGGUGUUGGGUGUCAAUGCUGUUGACAGAGUAUUAUUGGAUGCUCCUUGCAGUGGAACUGGGGUUAUAUCCAAGGAUGAAUCAGUUAAAACCUCCAAAAGCUUGGAAGACAUACAGAAAUGUGCGCAUCUGCAGAAGGAACUCAUUCUUGCUGCCAUUGAUAUGGUGGAUGCUAAUUCAAAAUCUGGGGGCUACAUUGUUUAUUCCACUUGUUCGAUCAUGGUUGCCGAGAAUGAAGCAGUUAUUGACUAUGCACUCAAGAAGAGGGAUGUUAAGCUGGUUCCCUGUGGACUUGACUUUGGGCGCCCUGGAUUCAUAAGAUUUAGGGAGCAACGGUUUCACCCUUCUUUAGAAAAGACAAGGCGGUUCUAUCCUCAUGUACACAAUAUGGAUGGGUUCUUUGUUGCAAAGUUGAAAAAAAUGAGCAGCAGAAAGCCAGGUUCAAAACCAUCAGAACCAUCUGAAGUGGAGGAAGAACAAUCCAAGCUUGAGAAGGAAGAAGUGGAUGUUGAGAAGCCUAGUAAUGAUGUUAGAGAAAAUGGCAAAGAAUCUUCUGAAUCUAAAUCCAAAAAGACAAAGAAAAGGAAGUUUCCAUCUAAACCGAUUAACGGCAUAAAAGAAAAUGGGAAAGUAACUUCUGGAUCUGGAGUCUGGACCAAUAAAGAGGCAGAAAAGGAAAUUUCCAUCUAAGGAGGAAAUUUCAAAUUCAAGGGAGGAGAAGAGACGCGCUUUGAGAGAAAACAAGCGCAAAACCGGUAAGCGACAGAGCCAAAAAUGAGGAAUGGCCAUUGGCAUCGAACUGACUCGCACUUAAUGAAAUGGAAGAGUUGUAGUGAUUGCCUGCUUUAAGAAGUUUGUCCUGGAAUCAGUUCUAUGCGGUAAUCACACAGCGCAAUUUUGUUUGGUUUUAGUUAUUUAAGGGUAGCAUCUAAACAUAGUUAUAAACCAGAAAAGAAAUGUGUACCUUUUUGAAUUAAUCUUGAGAUUUCAUUCUAAAUACUGUCAUCAUAUCCAUUGUACUGUGCUAGUUAUCCUUUUUAAGACACUAGCCAAAUGUUAUAAUAUUGAUAGUGCUUUCAUAGUUAUGCUUUUAAUGGUUAUGUGUUGGCGAUCAAGUAUUUUGUUGUUAGUGUUCCCCUUGGUGGGGUGUGUUAGGAACAUUUUCAAAAUUAGGAUUUAUUUGAUGUAUAAAUCAAUUAUCUUGUUUGAAAAUAGAGAAGA